AGGGAGUCGAUAACGAGCCAGGAAGUGAAUCAUCUGCUGCGGCCAGGUUUAGAUUUGGGGUGGAGCAGGCGUUCAAGAGAUGGUGCAAGCACACCCGAUCGCCCCAGUGCGGGCCCGACUCCGGACUGGCAGAGCGAGGACCCUGCUCCCGACUUCCUCGCGGCUGCGCGACGGGCGCACGUUGAAGGCAGAUCGCGAGGAGCUUGAACAGAUGGCCAGGGAACAAGAUAAAGAAUCGGAGAAACAAGCUUUACUCCAGGAAGUUGAGAACCAUAAAAAACAAAUGCUCAGCAAUCAGGCAGCUUGGAGGAAAGCAAAUCUAGCCUGCAAAAUUGUUAUUGACAACUCUGAGAAAGAUCAGCUGUUGCAAGGAGGAGACCCCUUGAGACAAAGAAAAACCACAAAGGAAAGUCUUGCGGAGGGCGCAAGUAACAUCACAGAGAGUCUGAUGGGCAUUAGCAGGAUGAUGUCUCAGCAGGUCCAGCAGAGCGAGGAAACCAUGCAUACACUAGCCAAUUCUUCACGAACCAUUCUGGAUGCGAAUGAAGAAUUUAAGUCAAUGUCUGGGACAAUACAGCUGGGGAGAAAGCUCAUUACCAAGUACAAUCGAAGGGAACUGACGGACAAGCUGCUCAUUUUCCUCGCCCUUGCCUUAUUUCUGGCCACAGUGCUGUACAUCCUGAAAAAGAGACUCUUUCCAUUUUUGUGAAGUGCCAAAACUUAAGAACCACCAUGUAGCAUGAAAGAUCAGGAGAGAGGGUAAUGAGGAGGUUCGUUGUAAUGGGGACCUGGCACUAAUCUGGUUGAAAGAGGGUUGGAACAGACAGGACUUGAUAUUGUAUAAAUGGAAUAUGUGACCUGACCAGGAAGACACAGGAUUUUGCUUUCAAAUGAGCUUGUGGAAGAGAAGUGAAAGUGAGGUGUGGAGAGAAGAAACAUCCUUCUGCUUGCUUAGUUUGGGAACCCAAGAGGCACUUGGUGAACUUUCAUGGGACAGCAUCAGUCUUAAUCCUCACCCUCUCUCCUCUCAGUGUGAAAUCUACUUUUACCUUAGGGAUUGGAUCAUCUGUAGCCCUGCCAGUGGCACGAAAGGUGCCAAGAAUUAAGCAGCAGAAAGGGUGAGAGAGAGAGAACAAAUUCAAAGGAAAUAAAAACCCCAAGCUAAGAUACAUUCCUUUAUUAAACUAAUCGUUUUGUCCACAUAAAUCAAGUCUUAUUUGAAAGAAGGAAAUACUCGUGGAUUAAAGGAGACUGUAUUAUACACAUGAGAUUUUACACCCAUUUUAAUGGUGAAUCUGUCGUUGUCUUAUAAAAGUGGCUCCUUCUGGGGUGGAAUGAGUUGACAGAAGCUCAUGCUGCCAUUUCCUGUGGUGAGCUCUAACUUGCAUAUUGUCUUGUAAUGCAGGGUACAUGUUGUAAUGCCUUCAGGCCAAAGUUUUCUCUCAGAAUAUGGUUCAGAUGUGCUCCAUGGCUCUAUUUCACGUCUCUGCUUGGAGGUCUCCAGUCAAUAUCAGAGUAAAAAAGCCUGUUGUUUUGAGCACAGCUUAAGGAUGAUCAUGUUUUUCCACUGCUGGAUAAUUGCAUGCCGUUACUGUAAACAAUAUAGGGCUUGUAUUAGGAUUCCCUAAGGCACACUAUAAAGUCAUAAAACAGGAUUUCAGGAGAGGCUACCAAAAGAGAGAAAUCAAAGCAAAAACAAUGCAUCUCUUAUCAUGAACCCCAAAGGCCACCUGGAGCAGAACUUAGGUUGACAUCAUCUCUCACGUUUUGUUUUGUUUUUUUUAAUUCUGCAUUGAUCAAAAGACAAAAGCACAAAUGCAUCCAAUGUGUCUCUUAGUUAUAGGCAUAGCUUUAUGAAAAUCACAAAGGCAAGGAACGUCAAAAAAUCUUUAGUUUCUUAGUUUCCCUUCUUUAUAAACGUCCACUUCAUAGUAGCACCUGCUAUGGGCCAGCUCAAACACUUGAAAGUGAUCCUUAUUUCCAGAGUUUGCCUCUCUUGAUUAGCAGCAAUGAAUGUGUCCAUUUGCUUAAUAGUGCAUGCAUUGAUAGCAAUACACGUGGUAUUGUGCAGUAGCAAGAGAAGGAUGCACAGCGUCGGCAACUGAUAUCUGCCACAUUUUGGAAGUGUUUAACUGCUGCUUUGCUGCCAUCAGGAGAGCUUGCUUUGGUGAUAGGUUUAGCAGUUUACAAGUCAAGAUAAAAAAGGCAGCCCUGGAUAGAAUGCAGGUUGUGCUUCCCAUUAUUUUAACGGAAAUCAAGUUUGGGACUAAAUCCAGGAUGAGGCCCUUUGAAGGUUAGGUUCCCCGUGGGAGACCUCAUGAGGGUAACGGCAUUUCCUGCGGAAAGAACUCUUUGUCUGCAGAGUUCCCUUACCAGAUAUGACCAGCUGGCAUCGCUUCUCUUUUUUUGUCAGCUUUAGUCAAAGGUGUGAGUUUGGACCAUACUAUCUUGUAAUAAUCCAGGACUAUGCAUACCAUAGCUGCAGGGGUGAGUGGGUGACUACUCGCACGCUACAAGGCUUUGUAUGGAGAGUUGAAGAAGCAGGGCUAUUUCUUCCUGUGGUGGGAAGGAAACGUCUCAGGCCUGUUGUCGUACUUGGUACGUCCAGUAGAGGGCAGUGGAGUGUGAACAUGUAACGAGUUUCAGAGGCUUCUCCAACAGAUCCUUGCUGUAGCUAAUCUAGGAAUUCAUAAAGUGCUCAUCUAUCACGGUUCUUCCUACUGUCCCUCACUGUGCUGUUUGACUUGAAUCUUCCUAAUUGUAUAUUUCUGCAUUGUGGGAGAGUCCCAAGUUUGGGAUAAACUGUAUAGCAUAAAUGUUCUGUUGCUGAAUAAAGCUGGAAACGCCUCUGUCUGAUCAUCAUUAUAUGCAUUUAUUUUAUACCUUCAUCAUUCGGCUUUCUAAUAAAUAUUUAGAAGUCCUGUUAGGCUGCCUGUAUUUGUUUUAUGAGAUGGCUUCUUGUCGCAGAUUGAGUUUGAAUUGGGCAGCAAAGGAACAUGAGCUAUUCUGUUUACUAUGUAGAAACAUAAACGUGUAUACUACACCGUAAUUAAAUGAGAAGUCUGAAAAGUCCUGUUUAAUAUAAAAUGAUAUUCUGAACAGCCCUGUGUGGAAUUAUCAAUAGGAUAUCAUUCCAUACAUAUUCAGAGUAAUCAACAAAAUUCUCCCUCCCAGACUAUUAUGUUUUGAGGCUGUCUGUGUAGCAGUUUUGUUUUAUUGAUUCAGCUUGCCCUGGGGAAAAUGAUCUUGGCUUUUGGAAGCACAGUGCCUGCAGGUGGUCAAACAGUGCAGCUGAUUCAAUGUUUCCUCUCUAAGACCAGGCCUGGAUAAAAAUAGUUCUAGGCUAAUCUAUGAGAUACUGGAAUGCUGAGCAGACAGGAGAUCUGUGCUGUAAUAAUGGAGUGCAAUUGACCCUGCAGGAAGUUUCAGCAGGUUUAUCUUAACUUCACCCUUGCAAUUGAGAGUAUAUAUGUGCCUUACAAAAGAAAUUGCCUCCACAAGGCACUGUGGACAUCAACAUUUUGUAUAUUAAGGUGUUUAAAUGGGGCAGGCAUUCUGAAU